UCUCUCUCUCAUCAUAUUCGGUUUUUGUUCCCUCUCCAUCCGAGAUUCUCCUCCUCUUUUGGUUCCCCCUCCUUCUGAGCCCCGGAAGAGAGAUCUUGGAGGCCGCGAAAUCUUUUUUGCUUCUUUCCCUUUUCGGUUCACGGAUCAUAGGAAACGAAUCUAGGGUUCUUGGCUUUUUCGUGGGCGUCGUCUCUUGAAUUCUCGAAGGAGGAGGAGCACCAAAAGAAGAAGAGGAGAACGAAAUGGGUGCGGAGACCACCUCCGGAUCGGGCUCGGAAUGCGAGACGCAGGUGGUGCUGAACGUCUACGACCUCACGCCCAUUAAUAAUUACACCUGCUGGUUCGGCUUCGGCAUCUUCCAUUCGGGCAUCGAAGUUCAUGGCAAAGAGUAUGGAUUUGGUGCCCACGACUUCCCAGUUAGUGGGGUUUUUGAAGUGGAACCAAGGAGCUGCCCGGGUUUCUUAUAUAGGACUACCAUAUCGUUGGGACGCAUCAAUAUGUCUCCCUCAGAAUUUCGAACAUUUAUUGAGAAUAUGGCAUCUGAAUACCAUGGAGAUACUUAUCACCUCAUCUCCAAGAACUGUAAUCAUUUCACAGACGAUGUCUCAUUGAGAUUGACGGGCCGACGGAUCCCUGGUUGGGUAAAUAGGCUUGCUCGGUUAGGCGCUCUAUGCAGUUGUCUGCUUCCAGAAAGCUUACAAUUAACUACAGUCAAACAGUCGCCAGAGUACCGUGAAUGUUCCGAGGAUGAAGUAACGGAAUCUUUAUCAAAUGCCACUCCCUACGAGUCGACUGAAAUAGACGAAAGUGAACAAGAAAAGCACUUGUUGUCACCUGUGACGGGAAGCGGAGAAGUGGUUUUCGUUAAAGAGAUGCAGAAGUGAUACUCGAUUGCCUUCUCAAUUAAGGGAGGACAAGAUGCUUCCCUGCAACUGGGGUUGUAACAUUGUUAACUGUGCUAUUUCAAAGAUAAAUGAUAUGGCCAAUUCAUCAUUUGUUAUUUUCCAUUGGUUUGCAACUUACGACUUUUGUUUUGCACUUGCAAUUGGAAUUGUCCUUAAUUUGUUCACCUUCCAACCUGUAUGUUUGACUUUAAAUUUUUCUGAAUUUUUCUGUUUUUUUGUC